ACCACAAUCACCGCAGCCGACAACCAGUUUCCCAAACCCUCCAAAGAAGCAACCAUGUCUCACAAACGCAAGCGGGGAAAUGAAGAAGAAGAGGAAGGAGGAGGAGGAGGCCGAGGAGCGAAAUCGAAGACCCUUACAACUGGCGACCCGUCACCUAUGCCCUCUCCCCCUCUGCUUGGUACCGACGGAGGCGAAGAGCUCGCCAAUCUCCACUUACCCCCCUCGACAUUUGCGACAGACCCUGUCACAUUCGCAGAACUCAAACUUUCUUCGAAGACGGCUCAAGCAAUCGAUGCCAUGGGUUUCACGGAGCUGACCCCGAUUCAGCGCAAAGCUAUACCACCCAUCCUCGCAGGACGCGAUGUUCUUGGUGCUGCCAAAACGGGCUCAGGGAAAACACUGGCGUUUCUGAUACCAGCCGUAGAGCUUCUACACUCGUUGCGCUUCAAGACGAGGAAUGGCACUGGCGUUCUCAUUGUGUCACCGACCAGAGAGCUAGCUUUGCAGAUGUUUGGUGUUGCAAGAGAACUUAUGGCACAUCACUCGCAGACAUGUGGUAUCGUCAUGGGCGGAGCAAACAGAUCUGCGGAAGCGACCAAGCUCACAACUGGCCUGAACCUGCUUAUUGCUACACCUGGUCGCCUACUCGAUCAUCUUCAAAAUACAAAGGGAUUUGUCUACAAGAAUCUUAGGACUCUUGUAAUUGACGAGGCGGAUCGAAUCCUAGAUGCAGGCUUCGAGGAUGAAAUGAGGGCAAUUGUGAAAAUCCUUCCUGAUUCUAGGCAAACCGCCCUCUUCUCUGCUACGCAAACCACAAAAGUUGAAGACCUCGCACGCGUGUCCCUCCGACCUGGCCCUUUAUACAUCAACGUCGAAGAAGCGAUGGAACACAGCACGGUCGAGGGUUUAGAGCAAGGCUAUAUUGUCUGCCCGUCUGAUUUGCGGUUCCGGCUUCUGUUUACCUUCUUGAAAAAACAUCUAGCGAAGAAAAAGAAGAUUAUCGUCUUCGUUUCAAGCUGCAAUUGCGUCAAGUACUACGAGGAACUGCUCAAUUAUAUCGACCUUCCGGUCUUGGCUUUGCAUGGUCAACAGAAGCAACAACGACGGACGGCCAAUUUCUUCAGCUUUGUAAACGCUGCAGAGGGUGUCCUUAUAUGUACUGACGUUGCUGCUCGUGGACUUGAUAUCCCGGCUGUUGACUGGAUAAUUCAAUUCGAUGCGCCUGAUGAGCCGCGUAACUAUAUCCAUCGCGUUGGCCGCACCGCACGAGGGACCAAUGGGAAGGGGAAGUCUGUCCUUGUCCUUCAUCCGUCGGAAGUGGGGUUCGUGCAAUAUUUGACGAAUGCGCGGGUUCCGCUUGUCGAGUACAACAUUCCGAAGCUCAUUAACAUCCAAGCUCAGCUAGAGAAGUUAAUCGCAUCCAACUACUACCUGAAUCGCACCGCCAAAGAGGGGUUCCGAAGCUACCUCGCUGCGUAUGCGGCGCAUAGCUUAAGGAGCGUUUUCGAUGUUCAGAAGCUUGACCUUGCCGCCGUUGGGAAAAGCUUUGGAUUUAGCGUGCCACCAAAAGUAGACAUUGUUUUAGGUGCUCGCAUGGCUAAGAGCAAGCAGCCAGCCAGAAGGAGGGCGUAUGGAAGCCAACCACGACAGCGAUCAGGCUAGAUCUAUUUGCUAGAAAUGAUGUUUACGCGCGAAAAGAGAAGACGCUGCGCUUUGUCGAACCCAUCGGUACUCUGGCACUAGCCGUGGUUGGUAUCGCUUGGCAACGUCAGGGACUUGUCCAAAACAUGUAUUAGCUAAACUAAAACAUCGGGAAUGAAUUCAUCCUUCCAUAGCUCUCUCAAACAAUUGAAAUGUUAAAGUAACUCGCAGUUAUACAACCAAAUGGGACCACCUUCCG